AACGUGUCCUAGCACAUUCGAGCGCGCUAAGUCGGCAUGGCAUGCCGGCAGAGGGCGAACGCGCCUUGUGCUUUUCUGAAUUUACCGCCUGCCAAGCUCAGAACGCGUGCAGUUUCUCUCACAAGAGCUGUGUGCCUGCAUAAGCAGAGCUUUGAAACUGAAAUGAGUGUAGAAGACGCUGAUGAGGCCGAGGAACUGCUGAAAAAAGCGACUCUGUGGGACGCGCGUGAACUUCAGGAUUUGUCGUCUUCCGGAUUUCAAACGAAAGACUUUGAACUCUGUUUUUCCAAAAACAAUUCCCGUGAUGUCUUCCUCUUUGGUGGUAUUCAAGCGAAUAAAUGCACAAAUUCACUAUGGCAAAUAGAUCUGCAAUCGAUGACUAUACGGCCGGUACCUUUAAUGGGAAGCUAUCCAGCUCCAUGUGUCUUCCAUGCGAUGACAUCGUUUCACGAUAAAUUAUACGUGUUUGGAGGAGAUCAAGGAGCGCGAGCUACGCAAUCGGAUAACACGCUGUUUGCAUUCGACGUCAAUUCCGGUAUCUGGGAUCAUGUAGAAAUGCCAGAACCCCGUCCCGCUAGUAGAAGCAUGCUUACUAUGAACGUUGUUCAAUCUUCCAUAUGUAUUUUUGGAGGACAGACUACGGGAAACAAGUUCUUUAGUGAUCUGGUUUGGUAUGAUACUUCGUUAAGUGUGAACUUGAAGGGUCGUUGGGAGCUCUCUGUGUCCAUCAACACACCUCCUCCGUCCCGAGCUGCUCAUGCCUCUGUUGUGAUUAACGGAAGGCUUAUUAUUUUUGGUGGCCAAGGUGAACAUGGCCUGUUGAACGAUAUUUGGUUUUUUGAUUUCCAUACGCUUUCCUGGACUGAAGUUCGACCGGCUGGUGUUAUUCCGUGUCCUCGAAAGCGACACAAAGCCAUCUCUAUCGGCGAGAUCGCGUACUUCUUGGGUGGAUUUGAUGCCGAUGGGCGUGCUUUAAAUGAGCUAUGGGCUUUCAACGCCUCCUCAAACAAUUGGAUGCAGCUUCCCACACCGUUUGAUGAGUCAGCGUUUGACGCCGAUGCCACAUACGGGCUGUUUAGUCGUGACAAGAUAUUGUGCUUACUCGAGUCUUCGUACUCCACUUCCCGAUCAACGCUGACAGUGUAUUCUGUUGACACAGACUCAUUACUUUCUGAGCUAGUAAAUGCCUCUCGCUGGCCUAUUUUCAAGCAUCUUUCGUUAAGGUAUGGAACGGCUCCCAAUAGACAUUCGCCCAACAGUACCGAAAGCCCGCCGAAUUAUACCCUAAAACAUGUGCCGAGCAAUUCCUUUUCCUCAUCAUCCAUACACAGCUCUGGUCAGCCGUCGUAUCCAACUACUUCCUUACCUUCACAUCUUGUUACGCCCCUCCAUUCCCGGCAUCAGUCCCUGGAAAGUCACCUUGCUCAGGCUCACACCGCCAUUCCUGUUGUUGCGAAAACAUGGAGUCAUCGACAGAAUCUUUCUGAAUUUUCAGAGCCUCUCAAGUCGAGUCCAAGUAUACGUGUAAGUCCUCGUCGACUUGACAGUCCCUCAAGGGAUGACAAGUCAUCUCUCUCUACUCCCACGCAUAGUAAAUCUAAAAGCAGUGGCACGUCUCCAUUACCGCCUUGCAGGUCGGAUUCAUUAUUGGAAUCAUUUUGGAAUAGGUAUCGUUUUGAAAGCAAAGGCGAUCGCACGGCUUGGCUUGAAGAACAACUAGCCAACUGCAUGCGACAAGGAUAUAAACCCCAUUUGCCUAGUAUUUUAUCUCCUGAGAUGGGUAUUCCUGCUGAUGAAACCAGACAACUUCGGGUGCUGGAGAUUCUGCAAGGAUUUGAAGCCUCAAUUAAAGCAAGCAAGGAGUAUUUUGAACAACGGCUCAAUGAUUUGUCUGCGGAAAAUGAGCGUCUGACUGUUGAACGUGACGCUGCCCUUAGUGAGGCCGUAUGUGCAAAGUCGAUGCUUGCGUCGAAAAGCUCUAGUGAUGCAUUUGAUUUAGCGAGUGAACGUGUUCGUGUCUUGGAAACAGAAGUUCGAAGGAACUUGGAGGAAAGCAGUCGUUACCACUUGAAUUUAAGUGCUCUUCGACAACAAUUGGAUGCUGAAAAGAAACAUAAUGACCUUUUGAGCUCAGAAUAUCAACAGCUGGCUAAGGAUUUUGAUGCUAUGAAAGAAAAGUUAAGCGCAAGCGAAGCACGGGUUGCUAAAGCAGCGGACGACAAAGAAAAAAUGAUUCGGGAAAACGAUGGCGUUCAUGAUGAGUACACUUCGUUAAGCAAUGCUUUUGAAUGUAUGCGAGCUGAAAAUGAGCAGCUGAAAGAAAGUUUACUGGAAAUGAGAGAUCGAGUGGAACGACAGACAAAUGUUAUUGAAGCAUCUGCGUCUGCACUUGACGUAUCCAAUGAAGCCAUUCUUUCUCUAGAACACAAGCUCCAAAACGAGCGCUCUGAGCGACAAAAAGAUAGACAUGUUGUUUUGGAUCUUCAGAAAACUAUGCUUGAAUUGGAAGAUAAUUGUUCUGGCCAUAGACAACAGAUAACUGAACUCGAGGAAUUAUGUGAGCAACUGAAACAGCAAUCUGCUAAGGUCCGAGGUAAUACCCAGGCAGAGCUGAAGGAGCUCAUCAAAGCCAGUCGUGAAUAUGAUUCCUUGUGGGAGGAAAAUAAGCAGCUCUCGCAACAAAUCAACGCUCUUCAGUCAAGUUUGAAAACGGCAAGACAAAAGUCGGAAAAAUACAAAGUAUUAAGUGAGCAGCUUUCGGAUGAAAAGGUUAAAUUACAAAAGGAAAAAAUCAUGUCUCCUACAUCUUCUUCACCGACAGCAGCAGCUAAAAAUGCUGGUGAGUUGCUCCGUCUUUCAGAACUGACCAAAUCUUUGCAGCGAAAGCUUUCUGAGGUUCAAAUAGAGCUGGCCGACUCGAAGAUGAAUUAUCAAUUCGUUCGUGCUAAGCUUCAAGCUAUACAAACGAUGGGUAAAUUUGGAGGCGCUGAUAAUCCUACUGAUUCUGAGGCGUCUGUUGCCAAUGAUGGUGAACAGGGCGAACAAGCUGAGAUAAGUUCAAUCGAGAACACGGAUUCCGAUACACGACCUGGAGAUCAGGAUCUUAUGCAUGAACUUAAGGAGAAGUACCGGCAAAGUGCAGCUCUCCUAUUCGAUUCCCAUCGUCAGUACAAAGAAGUUAUGCUUCAGCAAAAGAGAAACGAGUCUGAUAUAAAUGCUCUGAAACGAUCAUUCAAACAAUCACUUUUGCUCCACAGUAACGCUUCUACGCAUUCAUUAUCUCCCUCUGUUACUAUGGACUUCGAACGUCAGUUGAAUGAGACACAGAAGCGCCUUUCCACGACGGAGGAACUAAUUAACAAGGCGACUCGAGAUUAUACCGAACGGAUAAAGCAAUUGGAAGACGACUACCGAACUGUUCUUUCUUCGGGUGCAGAUAUUGACAAUUAAUGGUCUAAAUCAAAUAUCGCUGGAUCGCCGAUAUGAGCCUCUCUGUUCGUCUGGACUUAAAAGUGCUAUAGCUCGUCUAUUCCCUUUUUUUCGUUUUACUGUGUAAUAAUUCCCUCUUUUUCACUCUUUUAAAACAUUAGAACAAAAAUACCUAACCAUAUCAUUUGACUUUUUGGUUCAUUUUCAAUCUUUAACAUAAAAAAUAUGCGCAUUUUUUCCUAAACAAAAAACAUAUUAUCUAUCAUUUACAAUUGCUACAGAAUAAAUUAUACGAUUAUUCAUAUUCUACGACAACUCGCGAUUGUUUUCUUCUUCCUUUUUAUUUGUGAACAGGCUGCCUCAACAUUCGAGAAUCUAAGCAUACUGGG